UUCUCUUCACCACUACCUCUACAAAAUCAUCUCUCAACUCAACCACUCAACACACCACAAAAAUGGCCAUCAGAAAAUCAAACAAGCUUCCCCAACAUGCAGUCUUGAAGCAAAUCCUCAAGAGGUGUUCCAGCAUGGGAAGGAAACACGGGUACGAUGAUGAUGGUCUUCCCGUGGAUGUCCCAAAAGGACACUUCGCUGUUUACGUGGGAGAAAACAGAACUAGGUACAUUGUGCCAAUCUCAUUCUUGGCUCACCCCGAGUUCCAAUCUCUCCUAAGACAAGCUGAAGAAGAAUUUGGCUUCGAUCACGAGAUGGGUCUCACUAUUCCUUGUGAAGAAGUUGUCUUCAGGUCUCUAACAUCCACGUUGAGAUGAAACAACGACAACAACAACAACUACUACUUCGUACGUACGAGGUUUACCAUGAUGAUAUGAUGGUUCUGACUGAAGAGGAUGGCCAAGAAGCACCACCACCACCCUUUUGCUUCUUUUUUCUCCCUUCGUCAUUGCCACUUUCAUUCGCCUCGUUCACAUUCUUCAUCUGCUAUUCUUAAUUUUCCAUCUCAUUCUUUUCUUUUUCCUUUUUUUUUUUUGUGGGUUUGUCGCAACAACCUGUUAUGAUGUCAAUUAUGUGACUCUAACUUUGUUUCCAUGAAGAUUUCAUGGGUAGCAAAUGUACAAAGGUUUGAAGUUUUCCUCGCAGAGGUUUCUAAAUAAUUAUACCCUGUGAGAGAAGUUUUAUGUCAAUGAAUGAAUGCUACUUCAUUUAUGUCUA